AUGUCGGCCGCAUUCUUUGUCUCUGUUAUCGCAGGCGGCAUCAGCUGUGCCAUCCUUGUAUGGCUGCUGAGUGGUCUCACCGUCUUGAUCCCAACCCGCUACCAACCAGCUGAGAAGCCUGAAGAUGAUCAUAUCCAAGUCCUCGUCGUCGGCGAUGUUGGCCGUAGUCCUCGCAUGCAAUACCAUGCGUUGAGUGUGGCCAAAAAUGGCCGACAGGUCGAUAUCGUCGGUUACAAAGAAACCUCAAGGCAUCCUGAUCUUAUUGGAAACCCCCGAGUCACCAUGUAUGCGCUUCCACCACAGCCAGAAGUGCUUCAGUGGGGAACUUUGCCAUUCUUUCUCAAUCUUCCUCUCAAGGUUCUCUGGCAAUUCUGGGGUUUGUUCCGUACUUUGAUGUACGAUGCCCCUGCUGCGAAAUGGAUUAUAAUCCAAAACCCACCUUCUAUUCCUACUUUUCAUGUUGCACUGAUGGUCUCCCUACUCCGUGGCAGCAAGCUUGUUGUGGAUUGGCACAAUUAUGGUUACACUAUCCUGGCACAGAACAAAUGGUAUUAUAAGCCACUCGUUCCCAUCUAUCGCUGGUACGAAACUGGCUUUGGGCGCUAUUUGGGCGAUAUCAACCUUGCCGUUACUGAUGCUAUGGCCCGACAACUCAAGGCAAAGCCCUUUAAUGUGAAGCGUUCUGUCUACACACUUCACGACCGACCUGCCGAGGUCUUCCAACCAAUCCUUUCCACCAAAGAGCGGCAUGCGUUCUUGUCUCGACUCGCAGAGACCAAGACGGUUGCCAAGGAUAUCGUAGAGGGCGCAGUACGUCUCAUUGUCAGCAGUACUUCAUGGACACCAGACGAAGAUUUUGGCCUCCUUCUCGACGCACUUGUGUCUUAUGCCAGCUCUUCUGAGGCCGCGCCGAUACUUGCCAUCAUCACCGGAAAGGGGCCGCAGAAGGGACACUACCUAGAACGAAUCAAGGCGCUCCAGGACGAGGGCAAGUUGCCCGGUAUUCGUAUCUUAACAGCAUGGCUAUCCACCAGAGACUACGCUUCGCUACUUGCUUCAGCAGAUCUCGGUAUUUCACUACACAAGUCUAGUUCAGGUGUUGAUCUCCCUAUGAAAGUGGUGGACAUGUUUGGCGCAGGUCUUCCUGUUGCAGCCUACGCAGCUUUUGAGAGUUUCAGCGAACUCGUCAAAGAGGGACAAAACGGCUGUGGUUUUGAAACUUCGUCUGAGUUGACUGAUAUUCUCACACGGCUGUUGAGCUUCACUGGGGGUGAAGAGCUGUCCCGGCUGAAGAAGGGUGCCGUUAGCGAAGGUGCUCUGAGAUGGGAUCAGGAAUGGGACCGUGUAGUUGGUAAAGUCAUCGGGCUCGUGGACGAAAAUAGUACUUAG